UCUAACCUAGUUCAUGAAACAACAGAAAGACCACCAAAUGUCAUCUUAGAAAAUCAAAUUGUGCUCAGUAAAAUACCACCAAAAAUUAUCUUCAACUUCAUCACCGCUCAAAGGUAUUACAACGCCCAUUAAACCAUAAAUGUCUUUGACGGUUCAUCAAAUAAUCUGCAAUGCCAAAAAACUCGUGGGGAAGAUUUCAGACCACGAGAACACUGCGGACAACUUGAUAACCGAGAUCCAAUCAGUUUGCAAUCAAAUUGACAACAUGAAGCAAUACCAAGAGGAGAUUGACAUGCUGAAUGCAGAAGCCAAGCAACGUCCCCACCAGGAGCUUAUAACAGGCAUCCAACAGGAAACGAGACACUUGAGAGAGAUUCAGGCUGAGAACAAGGAACUCAAAACUGCCCUGGAGGAUUACCAGAAAUCACUGGAACUGAUAAUGUUCAAGUAUCGUCAGCAGACAUCCGCCCUCUUGAAGAACUGCAAGACAGAUUUUUCAUCCCUCUAUAAUGCCAAAUAUGCCAAUAUCAUCACCAGUCAGGCUGAAAAAAUUAACGAAAUGGCAGCUGUUAUGAGGGUAGCAGCCUCGGUCGAUGAAGAGAGUGAAUUAAAGUAUAAGGAAACCUUCUCCAGGUUGCAAAAGGAGAAUAUGGAGCUCCGUGAGAUCCUCAAUAUCGCACGUUCUCGAGGCUCCUUAAGACUAGAUCCUCCACACGACCACAAAACUGUCCAGACCGAGCCAGAAUAAUGUGCCACCGUCUUCGAGGUUUUAUUUUCAAUUAUAGAUUACCUCGGGUAUUUAUUUCUUAUAAUCUUUUUCAUAGGUACGUAGGUGGGGCAAAAUGGAUGCUCUCAAUGCUCCUCAAUGUCUGAAAUUCAUGGAAUUCCUGGGAAAAUUAAUUAUCUCUACAUAACACUAUCGAUUUCCCAUUUUUUUUAAUAGCUCGAAGUGUCCAUUUUAUCCGCCCUUACCCUAUUGUAGAUUCUCAUUCGUACUUUUGUAAUUAAAUUAAUAUUAUGAAUAAUUAUUUCUCGCACUUGGGUAAUAAUCUGGAAGAAUUGUUUAUUCAUAUAAAUGCUACAGGUGUAGUAAAAUAGUUCUGUAUAUUUCUCGUUUUUCAGUUUUUGUAGGAAUUAUUUAAAAAAUACUUCGCACUUGGCAGUCGUAUGAACUCUCAAAGAGUAUUCGUCUGUUAUUUUUAUUUUCAUUGGGCACGAAGAGCAUUUAAUCGUUAAUUUUAUUUUCAUUAAAAAAAUAUCAUCGAUGGUGCCUUCAGGUAUCCUCGAUUACUGCGUUGGCAUUGUACCACACGUUCUGGAAAAAUCGAAUAAAACACAUUUUCUAGAAUAACAAA